CUCAGCUCUGCCAGCAGCGAGCAGUGAGCCAUAAUGUGAUGCAGGGCAGCCCGGAAUAAUCUGGUUGGCAUCCAAGGAUGUAUAUUCACUGAGAGGCUGAGGAGUGUGUCAGCAUUUAGUUUCAGUCUAGCUGCACUUUUCCUGCAGCACAGAAUCACAAAGUCUCCGUCUCCUCCUCUGGAUUGGGAUUGAUUCUGCACCGGGAUCCUCUGAAAAGACAAAGUUUUCCUCUCUUGUUAUUGCUGUACCACCACAAUCUACCAAGAUGUGUGACUGCUUUCAUCUAGUUCUUCCUAACUGGCAAGGAUCUCCAGCCAGUGGUUCUGGACGACAGCUGAGGCCGGCCGAGCCCCCGGGAGAUGCUGAUGCCGAUGCAGAUGCAGAGGAGGAAGAUUCUGUUAAUGAAGUGGCAGUAGAAGACAUUCGUCCAAGGCCACAAGGAUCCUCUCCAGUUUAUGAAUAUCCAGUAGAAGAAGACUAUUCAAAGCUUCAAGAAGAAAACAAAAAACAUUCUACAGACAAAUCAAAGCAAAGUCAUCCACAGGAGACAAUGGAAGUGACCCUGAAAACAGAAGUGGAAGCUGGAGCUAGUGGUUUUAGUGUGAAAGGUGGAGGAAAUGAAGGAAUAUUUAUCAAAAAAGUACUUAAGGAAUCUCCUGCUUCAAAAAUAUUUAGUCUUAGAGAAGGUGAUCAGCUUCUAAGUGCUACAAUAUUUUUUGAUAAUAUCAAAUAUGAAGAUGCACUCAAGAUUCUCCAAUAUUCCGAGCCAUACAGAGUCCAAUUCAGCCUCAAAAGAAAAAUUGCCGUGCAAGAAGAUCUAGAACACUCGACAGCCCAGCACAAAAAGGAAAGGAUAGGCCAGGAAAAAGAACUCAGUGAGAGCAUUCCUGAAGAAACACUGAUUGUUUCAGGAAAAGCCAUUUCAGAAGAAGACAGGCAAACAUUAAUUGUAAGCCAAAGGGUAGGAAGAAGUAAAAGACCUAAAAAAGAUAGAUUAUCAUGGCCAAAAUUUCAAUCAAUCAAAAAUAAAAAGAUACUGAGGCACAGAAGAUCUCAUAGUACAUCAGAUGCAUAUGAGCCUGCUGUGCAGGAUAUUUCCCCUACAAGCACGGACACAGAGUCUCAAUUUCCACAAGAGGUCCAUACCAAAGAGAAAAAAGCAAGCCAAAGGAAGCUGAAGUUCCCUAGCAUUGGAUUCAGAAUGCAUAGGUCCAGACCAGAACCUCAAGAGAAGCAAAAAAAAGAAAUAAAAACGACACUGAUCUCUGAAAAAGAAAAAAUACAUAAAGAUGAUAUAAGCCUGGAAAAUCCUGAAAUCUUAACUGUUGAAUAUACCACAUCUCCUGCUUAUGAAAUGAAAACAGGGGAGGGACAUGAAGCUUUAACAAAAGACUUAAAAGAGAUGAAAAAUGGUAUUGCAUCUCAUGUAAAACAAUGCCCUGAAGUUGAAAUAAGCAUUGAAAAAGAAAAAGACAAGGAAGCAACAUCAAAAUUUAGUGUACCUGAAGUACCAGACAUAACAGAGAUAGCAAAGCCCAGUUUAGAAGCAGCUGAUCUGAAAGUAAGCCCAACUAAAAAAUCACCACAAGCCUCAUCAAAAUCCCGAAAAAAGAAACAGAAGGGAGCAGCAGAUAAAAGAGAUGGAGAAAGUGGAAUUAACAUAGACUUGAUAGGUCACAAUACUAAAGGAUAUGUACAGGUAAAAGGCCUAGAAAUUGGCGCUGCUAAAGCAGAAUUGCAGACAUCUGACACACUGGGAACAGGAGAAAAACGAGCAGAAGACACACAAAUACUAAGCAUUCAGAAAAUAAAUUAUGAAAUUUCAGUGCCCCCAAAAAAAGAGACAGAGACUGACACUACCAAACAGGGAAGUGAUGUUCCACAUUCAGUACCAAAAAAACCAGCUGAUACGACUUUAGAGGACAGCAGGAAUUUAAAUGUGAAAACUCUUAUGCCAGAUGCAGAAUCAAAUGUAUCUACUUCGAAAUUACAAAUGCCAUCAUUCAAAGUGGCCAAAGCACCUAAAACUGACAUGAAAAUAACAAGAGAAGAAAGCAGAGAGGACAAAGAAGAUAGUGUAAAAAAGGAAUGGAUUGAGGAUAAGGGCAUGCCUACAAAUGAAAAAGCCUUAAACAUAGAAAUUGGAAUGAAGAAAGGAGAAAAAGAUACAGAGGAGAAAGAAAGCAAAUUCAGACUGCCAAAGUUAAAAUUCCCUACAUUUACCUGGUCAAUUACUAAGGACGAAACAGCCCAACCUGAAGCACAGAUAAGUGAAAGGGAAGUAAAAGUGCAAACACUGGAAAAUGCAGGAGGCCUUCAGGUAAGUGAACCACCAGGAGAAAUUAGGGUUCCAAGUGCAGAAAUGCAUAUAGGAAUACCCAUAGGAACAAAAGAUGAACACAAAAUAAAGCAAAAUCGCGAAGGCCAGUUGCCUAGUCCAAAAGAUCCAACAAUAAAAUCAUUGCAAAUAAAAAUUAAUACAGAAGACAAAAAGGAAAAAAUACAGACUUCAAACACAGAUAUUCCAAUACAAACUAAGGACUUAAAUACAAAAACAAAAUAUGAAAUUUCAGAAAUUACAACAUCUGAGAUCAAAGCUCCCAGGGUGGAUAUCAGCCUGCCCUCCGUUGAUGUCACCCUUCCACAGGCCAGCGUCGACAUGCAGGCACCUGAGGCUACCCUUAGCCUUGAAGAAGAAGCCAAAGGCCCCGAGAAGGAGGUCGGCAAGGCCAAAGACAGCAAGUUCAAGAUGCCCAAGUUCGGCAUGCCUUCCUUUGGCUGGUCCAGCAGCAAAGAGGCCAAGGGCACUGCCCAUGUGCCCGCAGUCGAGGUCACUUUGCCCAGCACAGCGGUCAGCCUCCAAUCCACCACUGUGAUGGCUUUAGGGGAGGGCAGCGGCUUGAAGCUUGAGAAGCCAUCUCUCAAGAUGCCCAAAGCUGACAUCAAAGCUCCCAAGGUGGACGUCAGCCUGCCCUCUGUCGACAUCACCCUUCCACAGGCCAGCGUUGACAUGCAGGCACCCGAGGCCACCCUUAGCCUUGAAGAAGAAGCCAAAGGCCCAGGGAAGGAGGCCGGCAAGGCCAAAGAUGGCAAGUUCAAGAUGCCCAAGUUCGGCAUGCCUUCCUUUGGCUGGUCCAGCAGCAGGGAGGCCAAGGGCACUGUGGCCGCUGAGAUGGAUGUCAGCCUUCAGGAGCCUCAAGUGACAGUGUCGUCGGGAAUGGCUGAUGUGGACAUGACGUUUUCUGACUCUGAGAUCCAAGCACCCCGUUCUGAUGUUUCCCUAGAUUCUUCUCUUUUUAAAGAGGUAGAAUUUAGUAAAUCUAAAACUUCUGUAUUUAGAAUGCCUAAAAUUUCUCUUUCCAAAAGUUUCAAACCUCAUGCACAAAGCCAGUCUGGAUGUGAUGUUUCUGUUUCAGAAAGUCCUUGUUAUUCUUUAACAGAGGAAACUUCUGUUCCUUCUGAGAGUGUUGAACAUAAAUCUUUUCCUGACAUUAAGGUAGAGAGUGUAUCUAAAAGUAGCAAAUUCAGAAUUCCUAGCAUUGGUUUUUCUAAAUCUGAUGUGACCUCAUCUACAAUUGAUCUGGAGUCCUCAUUACAAAAGGGGGAUAUUACUCUUACUAAAUACCAAAUUAAUUCAACAGAAUCAGAAUCAAAAAGAGCAUCUCUUGCUGAUGAAAAUCUUUCAGAUUUUGAAAUUUUAUGUGAAGAUGGUUCUGAGGAGCAAGGAAGUAUUAAGCUAGAGGGCAAAACCACAUCUGCUGAAGUACCUUUGGCUGACACAGAGGUCACAGUUAAAUUUCCUAAAUUCCGAAAACCUAAAUUCAGAAUUCGGUCUAAGGGAAAAGCAUCUGAAAGUGACAUUGGUUCCAGCAUGGAAUCUGAAAUUUCUAAGGGACGGAUAACAUCUGAUAUGACUGAUCCUGAUAUUGAAAAACCAGCUCAUAUCUCUGAUGCCCAACUUGGUGUAAAGUUGCAUAAGCCUUCACUUGAAGUUGUUCUGGAUGCACCAGCAAUGGAUCCAAAUCUCUCAUCCAUGGAGGUUACCUUGCCAAACUUUGAAGCAGAAAUCCAUGGCCCAGAUUUAGAGUGCAAGGCAGAACAGGAAGUAGUUACAGGAGAGAAGGAUACUGAGGAGAAAGAAAACAAAUUUAAAUCAUCAAAAUUCAAACUGCCUUCAUUUCGGUGGUCACCAAAGAAAGAAGCUAUUGCUUCUUCUCAUGCUGAGGAGCAUCUGGAAGGACCCACUUUAUCUACCUUACCUGGUGACAUGGGAUCUGAAUUAACUUUUCCUACUCCUGACAAUCAAUACCUUCAUGCAGAAUUUGAUACAACAGAAAAAGAUGGUGAAAAGGCCAAAACCAAGAAGUCCCAAUUUACCAUGCCAAAGAUCUCAUUCCCUAAAAUUAAGGGUCAGAAAGUGCAGGUCUCUCUGCCUGUAUUGGAAACUGAUGUUUCUGGACCUAAACAAGAAAUAGAAGGUGUUUCUGUUCAGAAAUCUGAGAAGGGAAGUAGUGGAGAAGGGGCAGAACUGGGCAUAAAAGUGCCUAAAGUUACAGUCCCAACUUUGGGACCAGAAGCCAAACCAGAAGCCAAAGCUCCAAAAAUAGAGAUGGAUAUUAGCAUGUCUACAGGUGAGGUCACAGUUCCUACCUGUGAAGGAGAUGAGCUGACACUGAAAGCAGCUGCUGCUCAUGUCAGCCUCUCCACCUCAGAUAUUAAGAUGAUACCUGAAGGUUCGCUUGAGGUGAAGAGUCCUGACAUAAGUGUUGAAGGAACAUCAAGUGAAAUUGCUGUGGGUGAUGUAGAGAUAAAACCUGAAGGUUCUGAAGGGAAAACAAAACUGUCUAAAUUCCAAAUGCCAAAGGUAGGAAUUGGACUUUCUAAAGGGAAAGGGUCAGAAAAGGAUGUUGGCCAAUCCAAAUCAGAAGUAAAGGUUCCCCAACUAAAAGCAACAGUAGAAAUAUCUGACAUAGCUGUUGAAGCACCCAACUUGAAGGUAGAAUGUGGCACAGAAAUGGGGACUUACAGCCCUGAAGCCAAAAUUACCAAAACUGACAGUAAGACAUCAGAGGCUGAUGUUCACCUCCCAUCAGCUGACAUUCCUAUUCCAAAAACAGACAGUGAUAUUCAGGCCUCAGAUGCAGCAGUAAAGAUCAAGGGGGAAAUAAAGCAAGAUGGAGAUGGAGAAGAGAAAGAAGGACAUUUCAAAAUGCCCAAAUUCAAACUUCCAUCCUUCAGUUGGUCACCAAAGAAGGAAGUAAGUGUUAAAUCUGAUUCUGGAGCAAAUUUGGAAGACCAAAAACUUGCUGUCAUGUCAAGCAGAAUAGACACAGAAGUAAAAGAUACUACAAUUGAUGAUCAAGGUAGUGGGCCAGACCUUGAUGUGGAAAUAUCUGCAGGAAAAGUUGAACAAAAAAGCCCCAUUAAAAAGCCUCAAUUUGUCAUGCCUAAAAUUUCACUCUCCAAGAUCAAGGUUCCAAAAUCUCAGUCUCAUUCACCAAGAGUUGAAGCUGAUGCUACUCUUCCUAAAAGUGAAAUAGAGGGUGAUGAUUCAAUUAAGAUACCUGAUAUAGAAAAAAGUCAUCCUGAAGGGAUUAAAGAAGGGGCACAAAUCACCAUAAAACUGGCUGAGACUACGGUCCACACUCUGGACUUUUCCAGAGUAGAAACUGAAGCCUCUGAAACUGAAAUAACAGUCAGCUCAGGAAAGAUUGAUGCAUCUUUGACUCCCUCAGAGGGGAGUUUUCAACAGGUUGACUUAAAAAUAAGUUCUACCAAUGAAGGUAAUAUUAAAGAAAUGGGUACUAAGCUCCCCAAAGUAGAAGCUUCAGUGGAUUUGAAGAGCCCUGAUAUGUUAACAGAAACCUCAUCAGUUGUGGAUGGAAGGAAAGUGAAAUUGGAAGGUCCUGAAGGGAAGAUUAAAAUGCCCAAAUUCCAGAAGACAAAGUUUGGAAUGUCCCGAACAAAAGGGAAAGUCCCAGAGUCAGAGAUCAGCUCUCCAAAAAUAGAAACUGAGCUACCCCAACUAAGAACAACAAAUGAAAUUGCUGACAUUGCUGUGGGAGUUCCAGCAUCAGAACUUACAUCUGAUAUGUCAGAUCCUGGAAUAGUUGAUGGUAAGAUAAAAACACCCCAAACUCUGACAGGUGGCAUUGAUGAUGCAAAGGUAGACAUAGGCACCCAGUCAGUGCCUAAACCAAAAACAGAGGGAGUGACUGAGAGUCUUGGGGAGAAGGAAAUCAAAUUAAAAGAUCAUGAAAUAAAAGCUGAAGAAGUUCAGACUGAAGAACAUCAGGGAUGGUUUAAAAUGCCAAAAUUCAGAAUACCUGCAUUUAGCAGGUCAUCCUUAAAGGAAAAAAGAAGUGAUGCUGAUAUUGAAAGAAGUAUGGAAAAAGCUCAGGCAAGUACUCCUUCUGCUAAAGUACAAACUGAAGCAAGUGUUCCUGAAAAUAUCUUCUCAUUACCACAUGCAGUUGCUGAAAUUACUAUUGGAAAAGAAGGGAUUCAAAAAUUAGGAGAUUCUGUGAAGAGUUCUAAUGUUAGCUUGCCAAAGAUUGAAGGAGAUAUUUCAUUAUCCACAGAAAGAACAGAUAGUAGAGUGAGUAUUCAAAAAACUGAAAGUUACGCAGAUGUAGUUAAGCGCAGUGCUGAAGGAUAUACUUCAGAAAUCACAGUGUCUGCAGCAGAAUUUUCUAAAUCAUACCCAAGUUCAGAAAGUGACAAGGAGAAGAGUACAACAAACAGGUUUCCUACAUGUACACUGACAUUUCCAGAGCAUAAAGGCAAAUCACAGGAUAUAAGUGUCCAAAAGGUAGAAAGUUCCAUGAAAUUAGAGACAUCAGGGGUAGAAUGCAAACCAUCAUCAGCUGAAAUUACUCUGGAUGCAACACAGAUGAAAACAGAUGUUAGUCUUCCAAAGGAAGUGCUAGAUUCUCAAAAUAAAGAGGCAGCAAUUAAAAAAGGAAAGAUAAAGGGUGAGGUGAAAAUCAUAGGAAAAGACAGUGAAGAAAGCAAAUUAAAAAGGACUGCGUGUGAAUGGUCUACAACAAAAGGAUCGGAAGAUGGUACUUAUGUUACUGCUAAACUGGAAGAUCUAAAGGUAGAAGUUCCAACUGUGAAAACAGAUGUUAAAAUUACUGGAGUAGAUCCUGAAAUGAAAUUUCAAGUGAAAAGUGUUGAAAAGGAUGUGUCUGCAGGAGUGGAAGUGCAAGUAGAAGACAGAGCAGAAAUAAGUAAAAUUAAAGCAUACAAGUUUAAGAUUCCAAGAUUUGGAAUGUUGCAUUCUGAAAUCAAGGGUUUUGAAGAUGAUACUGAUUUGCCAAAGUCAGAAGCUGAUUCAGCAUCUAAAAGUGAAAAUGGCACAGCAGAAAUGCAGUUACAAAAACCAGAAGGAUGGAUUGGCCUGAAAAGUCCAGAUCAUAUAGAAGCAUCUGCCAGAAUAACAGGGGGAACAGUGGACCAAAUACAAGGUGUCCCAGAAGUAAGUGUAAGAAUUCCUAAACUAAAAAUACCAAGAUUCACUUUCAGAACUCCCCCAAUUGAAGCUGAUGUUUUGCUGUCAAAAGUUGUAACAGAUCCAAAGGGAUCUAGUACUGACAUUGAAAUAGUGCAACUGCAAGCAAGCUCUGCUAUCCCUGAAGAAACACCAGGAGCUGUAGAGGGGGGUGUUCAAAAAGCAAAAAGCAAAAUUUUAACACUGACUGAACCUGACAUUAAAACAGCACAAAUGACAGCUACCAUUGAGUCCUCCCUUUCAAGUGCAGGGCAAGACAUUCAUUGGUCUUAUAUAGAGGGCCAAGAAGUAAGUGAAAAAGUAGAACCUGAACAUGUUGCUAUUGAGCGGUGUGAGAUUUACACCACUGAAAUACUGAAAGAAUCUGAGAUUCUGUCAUCAGAGGUCAAAACUGCUACUUUGGGAUUCUCAUUGCUCAAGGCCAAGUUGCCUGAAUCACACAGUGAUUUAGACAUGCUGGUCCAGCAGCCAUCUCCAACAGGAGAUGCAUCAGUGAGAAAACCUACAGGUGCUGGUGAAAGUUUGGGAGUAGCAGCACAGAGAACUGAGCUCAAACUAUCUGACAAACCACACUGUGAGUCUGAAGAAUCUAGAGGAAAAGUAAGUUUGUCAAAGUUAAAAACAUCUGCUGCUGAAGUAAAGGGUUCCAGUAAACCUGAAGAGAGUUUUCCUGAUAAAUCACCAGAGGGAAUAACUCCAGCUCCUCUCUCUGAAGAUGAAGAUGUAGUUGAAGCAGUGGAAGGUGAAGAAAAAGACAUGACCAAUGAGAAAGAAAAGACUGAUAGUAAAAGAUCUCCUGGAAGAUUUAAAUUUUGGCUUCCAAGUAUUGGCUUUUCAUCUUCUGGGGAUGAAGCAAACACAGAUGCAAAAGCAGAAAUAAAAAAAUCAGUUCUAGAAGAUGUGAAACCUGCUGACACAUCAGAUGAUUCCUCUAAGCAGGGUGAAAAAACUGGAUGGUUUAGACUUCCCAAGCUUGGUUUCACAUCUCCCUCCAAAAAGUCUAAGUCUGUUCUCAAAGAAGAGUUGGGUCAUAAAGAGGGGAGACUCUCAGAUGAAGAUAGCCCAACAGAUAAGCCAGAUGUGUUUUUUGAUGCACAAGAAAGCUUAUCACCUAAAGAAAUAGGAGAGGGUGAAAAAGCUGAGACUGAUGGGGCCUCAUCUAUUGUGACAUCUUCAGCAAGAACUGAACUAAUCUUGCUGGAGGAAGACAGUAAAUCUAAUAUUGUUGGAGAUACAACCAAAUGAAGGUUGUAUUUUCUCAAUCAUCAAUGAAAACAAAAUCACAGAAGAGAAUGUUUUCCUAAUUUUCUACUAAUUGAAAAUUAAAACCCAAGGUUGGUAUUCAUGAAAACACUUGAACAGAAUUUACUAUGUUAAAAUUUUCAAGUACAUGGAUGUACUAGAUUGUACACUAAUAAAAAUAAUUUCAUCAUAUCUUCCCCAAUGGCAACAAUUAUGACACGUGCAGAUGAACCCAUAGUUUGAGCAAAGUCUGAGUAGAUACCAGAACCAUGUAAGUAAAUCACUGAAAGGCUCCAUGAUAGCAAAAGAAUUGUUAAAAAGGGUUCUCAAAACACAUCAGUUAUAUUUCGAUUACAGAUUAUUUCCAGAAUGGGCUCUAAACAAGUAUUAUGAGAACUAUACUUACCUGUUUAGAUUUUGGAACUUUCUGAUCUACUUUUGCUUUUUAUUAAAAUGUCUUUUUAUUUCAGCUAAGGUAGUUGUAUAUUCCACAAACAUUUUAAAAUAUAAAGUAAAAAUUAAAUAUUAGUGUAGAGAGACUAAUGCUUUGCCUCUUCCUCUCUUCUCAUUUUUUAUUAUUGUGGCGGGUCAUAUUUAGCCUUAAAAUAAUUAAAAAAAAAAAAACAGCAAAAACCAACAGAAUAAUUUCAAUACCAAAAAACAUGUAAGUAAAUCAUGUUUGUAAGAUACCAGAAUAAAACAUGCUUACAAAGAAUAUUAUUCAAAUGUGGAUAAAUAAAUUUUAAUGUAUAUACUUAUGGGAUAGUUAAAUGCUUAGAAUGAUCUGCCACACUGGUGGAAUUGCUUCAGAGAUUUUCUGGGAAAGGAGGUGUAUAUAAUUAUUUGCUCCUCUGUUUAUAUUAACGCUUCUCUCAAGUGCACAAUGAAAACCAGAGUGCAUAUGUGACAGCCUUCACAUGUACCAUUAAAACACUGUCUGUAUUCUUAAUUCACAAUAAAUUCACUAUAUGAAUAAUAA